CCGGUCGUCGGUCUCCGCGGGGAAUAAAACGGCGUCGUUGGCGUGCGCGCUAGUGUAGUGCGCGCGGGCACCACACCGGCCCGGCGGCAGUCGUAAACGAGCAUGUACCGUCCGACACGAUCAGUCUGCGUUCGCGCACCGCAUCGAAUAGUUCGUCGCCGUCGCGCCAUGUACACGGCGUCCUCGCUACUGCUACCGUCGCAGCAGUCGUCGUCGUCGAAACCAAAAUUUAAUAAUAGCAGAAAAAACAUUUCCGCCGUCGGAUCGCCACUACUCUGACACAACUAUACAAACGAUAACGACAAUAUUAUAAUACGCCACUUCUGUCGUGAUAGUUUUUUUUCCACGUGAUUUAUUUAUCGAUACUCUCGCUCGUCGCGGUUAAGUGUUAAUUAAUUUUUUUUAUCAUAUUCUUUCGUUUUUUUUUUUUUGACAUGGUCGUCGGCUCCGCACAGGCCGUUUUCUAGCGUAUGCAUUCGGUCGACGAGUGACCACCGCUGCCGCCCCGCCGACGCCGCGAGAAUGUGCGUGUUAUUCGCUAUUCUCUUAGUUAUACCGAUGUGGCACUCGGUGUGCGGACAAUACCAUCACAUCAACGCGUCGUCCGGUCCGCAGUUCAACUAUGACGCGCCAGAAGACUGCGCGUGGAAGGUCCGCGAUGGUCAUGGCGACGAGGUGCUACUGGCGUGUACGCUUCGGACAAUCAACAGCGAGAUGGACACCACGAAUUUCUCGGCCAUCCCGUCCGAGCACACUGUCUCGUUGCUCAUAUCCUGUGACCCCGCGGUUACAACCCUUAGCUCGAUGGAGAACCAGAGUUUUGCCCACCUCGUGCGGCUCCGCGAGCUUGAGUUGGAUGGGUGUAAGCUGGCCCGAUGGCCUGCCGCCACACUUGCGGGUCUCACAGACCUUCGAAAUCUAACUAUCAGGACGGGCAUGUCCGAUUGGCCGAACUCCGGCAUGACCGUUGAAAUAGCAACGGGUAGUUUCACGCAUGCCAGCCGCCUUGAACGGUUGGAUCUGAGCACUAACAACAUGGUCGCACUGCCCGAGAACGCGUUCUGUCAUCUACCCAGCCUGGUGCUACUAAACCUGAGCAGGAACCGCAUACAAGACGUUGCCGACUUGGGAUUCGGGGAACGCGCUCCACCGCCACCGCCACAGCCGCUUAUCAGCGGCCGCGAUGAGGUGUACGAUGCGAACCCAUACCUGAGAAAACCCGCGUCCAGUCAGUGUCCACUGGAUGUCCAGUCCGUCGACGUAUCAUGGAAUCGCAUUGCCGUAAUACCGUCAAAUGGUUUUAGCUCAUUGCGUCGGCUCACUGAGCUACGGCUUACCGGUAACGAGAUAUCAGUGGUCAAUGAUAGGCCGCUUGGCGGGCUUACAGGUCUGGAGAUUCUCGACAUAUCUUGCAAUAAUAUCGUCUCGUUGCCCAUCGACAUGUUCAAAGACGUAGCUGAUAGUAUUAAGCAAAUCUACCUGCAAGAUAACUCAAUUGGCAAUUUGUCUCCAGGUCUAUUUGUCAACCUGUACCAAUUGACUUCGCUGGAUCUAUCAUCUAAUCAGCUUACGAGCACUUGGAUAGACGCCAGUACAUUUACGGGGCUUAUUAGACUAGUUGCGUUGAACUUAUCCAAUAACAAAAUAUCCAAACUCGAUCCAACGAUUUUCCACGAUCUAUACACGCUACAGAUAUUAAAUUUGGGUGGUAAUAUAAUCGAUUCGAUACCAAAUGACGCAUUCAUACCGCUUCGAAAUCUCGACACGUUAGUGCUGUCUAACAAUAAAAUUGUUGAUAUCAGUCCAUUGGCUCUGAACGGCCUUUACGCGUUGACUCUGCUCUCGUUGGAUGGAAAUAAACUAACAGACGUGCACGAGGACUGCUUUAAGAAUUGCACCACAUUAAGAGAAUUAAACCUCAGUGGGAACGUUUUAAAAACUAUACCUUCAGCUUUGAGAGAAAUGAGAAUGCUGAAGAACGUAGACCUGGGAGAGAAUAAAAUAGAAUUCAUAAACCCAGAUUCGUUUUAUGGUAUGUCAAACUUAAAUGGUCUGAGGUUGAUGGGAAAUCGAUUACGCAAUUUAACAUCUAACCUAUUCGACAAUCUGACUGCACUACAAAUAUUGAGCGUUGCACAUAAUCAGAUUGACUUUGUAGCUGCGGACGCAUUUCAAAACAUCUUAAACAUAGAAGCGAUCAGGUUGGAUGGCAAUCGUCUAUCGUCAAUAGAAGAUAUAGUUCGAAAUGUGUCAAGUCUGAAGUGGCUAAACGUGUCUGAUAACGUCCUAAGUGAUUUCGAUUAUGGUAUGUUACCGGAACGUCUUGAGUGGUUGGCCAUGCAUAAAAACUACCUGACCGAGUUGUCCAACAAAAAUAAUGUCACUGCCAAGAUACGUCAGCUGGACGUGAGGUACAACUACCUAACGUACAUCAGCCCAGCCUCAAUACCCGACAGCGUAGAGAUACUAUUAAUGAACAACAACCAGAUUAUGACCGUAGAGACAGGCACGUUCUUAAAAAAAACCAAUAUCUCACGGGUCGACAUGUAUGCAAAUCAGAUUGGCCAGUUGGAUAUAAACGCACUGCGCCUUGCACCCGUUCACUCGGACAAACCACUACCAGAGUUCUACAUUAGCGGCAACCCGUUCCAGUGUGAUUGCAAAAUGGAGUGGCUGCAACGUAUCAACUUGCUGGCUGGUCUACGCCAAUAUCCGAUGGUGAUGGAUAUAUCAUCAAUUUAUUGCAAGCUGCUGUACAAUCGAGAGAAUAAGUACGUGCCAUUAUCCGACAUCAACCAAGCGCAAUUUGUGUGCACGUAUAAGACUCACUGUUUCGCCGUAUGCCAGUGCUGUGAGUUUGACGCGUGUGACUGUGAGAUGACAUGCCCGGCAAACUGCACGUGUUACCAUGACCAACCGUGGUCGUCUAAUAUCGUUGACUGUUACUCGUCCAACUACACCCAGCUUCCUGCUAAAAUUCCUAUGGACGCCACCGAGGUCUACCUAGACGGAAACCUGUUCACGCAUCUAUCUAGCCAUGCUUUAUUGGGCCGCAAAAAUCUACGUAUACUGUUCGCCAAUAAUUCAGGCAUUCAGUCUGUGCGCAACGAUACAUUUACAGGGCUUAAACGGCUGGCCGUAUUGCAUCUGGAGGACAAUAAAAUCGAGAGGUUCGAUGGAUCCGAAUUCAAUACCGUUGAGAACCUUCGAGAACUAUACCUGCAGCACAAUUACAUCAGCUACAUCAGCAACAUGACGUUCGAACCGUUAAAGAGCUUGCAAGUGCUGAGGCUCGAUCACAACAGGCUGUACGACUAUGACUCCUGGAUAUUGUCGACCAAUUUACGCCUAACCAAGCUGUACCUUUCCAACAACCCGUGGUCUUGUGACUGUGAAUUUGUUCAGUCGUUUCGACAGUACAUUAAUGUAUCCGGUGACAAGAUCGUGGACUCGUCCGUCGUUACGUGUCAUUCUGACGACAACAGGGAUGUAAGUAUUCGGGACCAAAAUACCACUGAAUGUAGUUCGUUUUUUGGUUCCAUCGUAGAAAACCGUAUCGUCAGAGACGUAUUACCCACGGUAUUAACGGCUGUAUGUAUAAUUUUAGCUAUGGUGCUAAUCUUGUACCUUGUAGUCGUGUACAGAGAAGAGUGUCGUGCUUGGGUGUACUAUAAAUGCGGAUUCAGAAUAUGUCAUAAAACCGUACCAUUCGAAGAUGACAGGAUGUUCGAUGCGUACGUCACGUACAGUCUAAAAGAUGACGGUUUCGUUGCUCAGAUGCUAGCCCCCGGGCUAGAACAAGGCAAUCCUAGGUACAGGGUAGGACUACACUAUCGGGAUUUUAAUGUCAGCUCAUUUGUCGCUGAUACCAUCGUGGAAGCUAUCGAAUCAUCCAAGAGAACGAUUCUAGUCGUUUCUAAAAAUUUUGUGGAAUCUGAAUGGUGUCGAUUCGAAUUCAAAUCAGCACUGCACGAGGGUCUUAAAGAUAAAAAGGGACGGCUCAUCAUCGUUGCCCUUGGCGAAAUUCAGCCAAAGGACGUUGAUCCAGAACUCAGAGUUUAUAUGAAAAAUUCCAUCCAAGUGAACUGGGGUGAUCGAAUGUUCUGGGAAAAAUUAAAGUUCGCUAUGCCAGAUGUCAGCAAGUGCCAAAGUUUAAUGUCCCGGUCCAGAAACGGUGUUAACAUAUAUGCGACACCAUUGAGGACGUCCUAUUCAUUCGCUAGCCAGCCACCUAGGACUGCUUCAGUACAGUCUAGCAAGUAUUAUUUGUCGCCAGCGUAUGUGGAUUCUUCGCAGCAUCUUUGGGCGUGAUUUCCAAAAGUGUUUAUGCAAUGUCAAUGAAGAGGCCGCUCAAAACCAAAAAUUACAAAUAAAUCUUUUGAACAUGAUCCUUUUAAUAUAUAUAUAUAAAAAAAUUGUAUUUUCUACGUUCCCAUUAUUAUAUUAUAUAAAACAUUAUAACACAUUAUAUUAUAUUAUACCUAUACGUCUUUGUAUUUCGGUCGAUUAACUUAUAAUAAUUAUUAUUUUUUAUGUUUAGAAAUAUGAAUAUUUUAAUGUUAAUUUUAAGUUUUCCCGUUGGAUUUCUAGUCAAAAUUCUCGCGUACACACUUACUAUUAUAAUACUAAUGUCAUAAUAGGUACCUAUAUUGUAUAAUAUUUUAGUUCAGCCAUAUUAUUUUGUUAUCAUUAUCGUUAUCAUUAUUAUUAUUAUUAUUAUUAUUAUUACUGUGUACCUCAUACUACCGACACACUAGUAGCCAUCUCCUCUCGAAUGCGUUUAUUAUUCUCGAACAACUAUAGCCGGUCAACAUCAGGCCGGAUAGGUAGAGGAUAGAGAAAUUAUAUUGUUGUAAAUACGCGCGUGCGCGUGUGUUCGGCUGUACACUUGACGGAAUGUGAGUGACUAGGCGGCGAUGUGAGGGAAUAAUUUUCUUUUGUUUUACUUGAGCUCCAAACAAAACCCUUUCGUCCAUUUCCGCAUUGGGAAUUAAAAUGCGAAUUCCGCACAGAUAAUGUUCGCUCCAAUAUUUCUAUGAAAACGCAUACACAUAAUAUGGUCUAUUCGGCACACCGUUUAGCAGCAGCAAACCGAAACAAUAGCGAUAAUGAUAAUGAUAACGAUAAUAAUAAAUAAGUUCAUAGACGUGUGCGUCACCGCCCGCGCCAACUACACAUUACACCUACUGAACUUUAAUGUAUACUCCAGUGCUUCGUUUCUGUUGUUUUUGUCCACAUUUUUCCCCAUACGAAUUUCAGUUAGCAUAAAUAAUAAAAAUGGUAAUAUCUCUCAACAAUAUUUUAAUAAAAAUAACUCGAAUUUUUUUCAACACUGUCAUACAUAUUUUAUUAUUGCAAGAUAAUAAUAAUAUAUUAUAUUAUAAUGUUAUUAUACCUAUGAUACUGAUAUUAUUGUAAUAAGCGCAUUGGUUUCCGACUUUCUUUUUUACUUAACCAGGCGAUCUAGUCAUGUUAAAUACUUCAUUUUGUAUAAAUAUAUAACAUAAAUUAUAUAUUCUCAGCUGUGAUAAUAUAUUUAAUAUAAUUUUUAAUUUGUAUCGAUUUUUCGUGUAUAUUUUUUUGACCCCCGUGAAAUGUAUUGUGUAUCGUCAAGUUUAAUUAUAACCAAAUACAUUUUAUGUUAAGCCAACUUUGUCAAAUUUUUGUAUAGACAUUUUUUUUUAUUUUAUUAUUAUUAUUAUUAUUAAUUUAUUUAUUACUUUGUAUAUUUUGUCGUUAUUUAUCGUACAAUAUAAAAUAAAUGUUCAUUCAAACGUG